AUGCACCAUUGUCUACCGACUAAUCAAAUCAAUCUGACGAUCAUCGGAUCAUUGUUUGGAGCGGCCUGUGCUCUGGUAACCAUUCCGGCCAGCUUCUUGAUCUGCGGCUGUCUCGACGUCCUCUGUUAUGGCGACCGGAUGCGUGACGUGAUGCCGUGCCGCAACGGCAACUUCGAGUCACCACGCUGGAAAAUCUCCAAACCUGAACACCACAAUAAAUGGCACAGACCCAAGUCGGGGGCUGCCGCCUGCACGGAAACUGCCGCCGCCAUGUCGGAAACGGCCGCCGCCAAGUCGGAAACGGCCGCCGCCAAGUCGGAAACGGCCGCCUGGACGGAAACGGACAAGCCCCAGGUAGCCGCGGCCGCCAAAACGGAAGAAGCGGCGACGACCGGCAGCGUCACGCCGACCGAGCGUGCGAUGCCACCCAAAGUCUUUGUCGCGGCCUCCGCGAAAGAUCCGCCCUACGUGGGUGCCUCCCCGCAUGCCGUCGCCUCGCCAGUCGAUGACAGCCUCUCCCCCGUUUCCUCGGCGCGGAGGAAACCAGAGGUCAUUGCCAUAUAG